GCCAAAUUCUUUUUUCUUCAAUUCCUUCCAACUGGGCUCCUUUUGACUUUCAUGUGAAUGUUUGGAAUGACCAGGUAGAGCUACUUUAGUUUUGGCUGCUACUUCUGAUGAGUUUUGCGUUUGCGAAAUUGUUCCAUCGAAUACGGAUCAACAGCUUUUAUGUGAUGCUCUUUUGCUAAUUAUUCAUUGAUAUUUCUCUUUAUUUAUUUUUAGGAUGUCGGAAAAGGAGCUGAAAUUCGAUUCAAGCGACCCUCCUGCGUACAACCAUGCUAAUGUUUACAAUGUUGAUUUAGAGAAGGGUAUUUGUUUGGAUACACCAAAAGACAUAAAGAACCCUUCCAAUUCAACUUCUGUCAAAGCCAAACAAAGAAAAAAACCACACAGGAAUGGAUCGCAAAACUUUAGCAGCUUGAUAACGAAAAGCUAUGAGGAAUUGUUAAAACAACUUUCUCUUCGCUUUCCUGAUAAUCUUGUGGUUAAAGAUCAAAACUACCGUCGAUUUUCAACAUUAUUCUUUUCGUUGAUGUGUACAUUAGCGAUUUCAUACAGUUUUAAACUUCUUUCUUGGCUGGAACAAGUAUAUUCGGACGAUAAAUUAAGUUGGGCCCUUCUUGCACCUUUAGGCCUUUUGCUUGUGAUAUGGACAAUCUUGUUUUGUCUAUUUUAUUACUUUUCUUCACUCGCUGUCAAAAUAACAAGAACUGUUUCACAGGUUAUAAUAUACAUAUUUAUUUUCGGAGGUGCUUUAAUUAUAUGUGUUGGAGUUUUUGUCAUUGGUCCCCUAUGCUUUGCCUGUUAUAGCAUUCUUGUUUUUGGCCUUGGAAUGGAAUUUGAGGGCUCAGCCGAAAACGCCAGUUCUCCUAUGCUUUCUAGAUAUCAGCAAAAGGAUGAUGCUGUAGCUCCUCCGCCGACAAACACGAAUGAAGAAAUAGAGCUGCAGAGCAAUCCUACCACUCAAAGUUAAUGCUAAUUUGUUUACCUUUCUUUUGCCAUGAGCCUUAACUCUUCCGAUUGAAAUUCACUAAGUGGAAAAAAGGAACAUUACAAGUGGUUUAUUCCGACGAAGACUUAUUUCUGUCCCUUUGAAAAGCGUUCUUGCGUUGUCUAAUUUUGACUACGAAAGCAUCCUUCUAUCAAUAUGAAUUGGAAAUGACGAAGAAAAGUGGACAGUAGAAAGGCAUGAUUCCGUUUUCCGCCCAUCUGGAGAGGCGAUGAAUGGGUCGAUUUUAUUGUAAUAACAUUACUGGAACUAACCGUAAAAUUGAGAAUCGUUGGUAUCACUUUAGAUUCAUAUACAAAGCUAUAUACUUUAGUAAUUGCGUUUGGAUAGAUACCAAAAGGUGACUAAUGAAUUUACAAA